GGAUCAUUAGUUUAACCGACUCGACUCUGACAACAUGAGCGGCCGCGGAAAAGGAGGCAAAGGACUCGGGAAAGGAGGCGCCAAGCGGCACCGGAAGGUCCUCCGUGAUAACAUCCAGGGCAUCACCAAACCCGCCAUCCGCCGCCUGGCUCGCCGCGGCGGAGUGAAGCGGAUCUCCGGUCUGAUCUACGAGGAGACCCGCGGCGUGCUGAAGGUGUUCCUGGAGAACGUGAUCCGUGACGCCGUCACGUACACCGAGCACGCCAAGAGGAAGACGGUGACCGCCAUGGAUGUGGUGUACGCGCUGAAGAGGCAGGGCCGCACCCUACGCCGUUGCUUAAAGAUCACAACGACUUUGAUUUUCGUAAAGAGAAGAAGGCGAGCUUUAAAAAUGGCCAGAACCAAGCAGACCGCCCGUAAGUCCACCGGAGGAAAAGCUCCCAGGAAGCAGCUGGCGACCAAAGCUGCCCGUAAGAGCGCCCCGGCCACCGGCGGCGUGAAGAAGCCCCACCGUUACAGGCCCGGUACCGUGGCUCUGAGGGAGAUCCGCCGCUACCAGAAGUCCACCGAGCUGCUGAUCCGCAAGCUGCCCUUCCAGCGCCUGGUGAGGGAGAUCGCUCAGGACUUCAAGACCGACCUGCGCUUCCAGAGCUCCGCCGUCAUGGCGCUGCAGGAGUCCAGCGAGGCUUACCUGGUCGGCCUGUUCGAGGACACCAACCUGUGCGCCAUCCACGCCAAGAGGGUCACCAUCAUGCCCAAAGACAUCCAGCUGGCCCGCCGUAUCCGCGGAGAGAGGGCUUAGACUGACCCGACCACAGCGAACAACCAACGGCUCUUUUAAGAGCCACGUAACUCUCUGAAAAGCUCCUUCCUCUGGAUCGAUUAAUUCAUACAGUCCGUCUACAGCCUAAAUAAUAUGAAGGCUACCUGUAAACUGUACCGCUUAAACCUUUAUUUAGUACAUUAACGAUAACAGGAAAGACUCAUCUCAUACAUCACAUUACCAUUUUAGAUCAAAUCCGGUUUUGGUUGUGUUUUCUUUAAAAUGAUCAUAUAUUUUUCAAUGUAUUGUCUGUGACCAUAUGCAUACAUGGUGCACUGGUCAAUGUUCAUGGUGGAAAUAAAUCAUCCAGCUCCUACA